AUGAAGCUGUCGGAAAAGAUCCAAAAGGCCAUUGACGGCAAAACGCCGUAUUUCUCGUUCGAGUAUUUCCCGCCCAAGACCGAGCAGGGUCUCGCCAAUCUCUAUGACCGCAUCGAGCGCAUGUCUCGCUUGGGCCCACUCUUCGUCGCACGCACCCUGGAGCUCUGCGGGGCCUGCCAAGGGGCCUUCAACCUGGACACAGUAAUGCACCUCACGUGCACCAACAUGGACCUCAGCAUGCUCGACUCAGCGCUGGCGUCGGCCAAGGCCGCGGGAGUGCGGAAUAUCCUGGCGCUCAGGGGAGAUGCGCCCAGGGGAGAUGAGUACUGGACCGCGUGUGACCAGGGCUUCACCUAUGCGGCAGACCUGGUGCGCUACGUGCGAAAGCAAUACGGGGAUUACUUCUGCAUCGGCGUCGCCGGGUACCCCGAAGGCCAAGGCGGGGCGGAUAAGGAGGAGGAGUUUGGGCACUUCGUCGAUAAAGUCAAUGCUGGCGCGGACUUUGUGGUUUCGCAGCUCGUGUAUGAUGCGCAGAUCUUCCUUGGCUGGGAGAAAAAGUGUCGUGAGGCGGGGGUCUCGGCGUACCAGUCGUUCCGCCGGCUGGUGCAUUUGACCGGGGCGUCGGUGCCAGAGUCGCUGCGCAGUGGGCUGGAGGAUGUCAAGGCGAACGACCAGGCGGUGAAGGACCUGGGCGUGGGCCAUGCUGUGAUGAUGGUGAGGGAGCUCCGGGACGCCGGGGUCGGGGGCGUGCACUUGACGACGCUGAAUCUGGAGGCCUCGGUGCAGCGCGUCCUGGACGCGCUGGGCGUGCAGCCAGCUGCUGCUGCUGCUGUUGGCGAGGAUGCGGCCAAGCCUGCUGCGGCGGCGCAGGCGCCCUGGGCGCCCUGGGGGCGGCGCCCUGCGGCUCGCGCCGGAGUCCGCCGCCAGCUCUGGGGCCGCCCGCAUCAGCUCUCGGACAUCUCCCAGAUAUUCACCAGCUACGUCGGCGGCCAACUGGGGUCCCUUCCGUGGAGCGACGAGCCGCUGCGUGCCGAGACGCAGCGCAUCCGCGACGAGCUGCUGCGCAUCAACGCGCUUGGGUACUGGACUUUGGCGAGUCAGCCGGCGAUAGACGGCGUGGCGAGCUCCGAUUCGCUGUGUGGGUGGGGGCCGCGCGGCGGGUAUGUUUACCAGAAGGCCUUUGUUGAAUGCUUUGUGCCCGGCGAGCUGUUUCCGGAGUUUGUUUCAAGGCUGCAGUCGGCUGCCCCGCGGGUGACGUAUUAUGCAGCCAACGACAAGGGCGAUUUUGUCACCAAUGCGGCGACGGGAGAGGGGGUUGGGGAGGCGGUGACGGCGGUCACUUGGGGGGUUUUCCCUGGGAGGGCCGUGGUGGAGCCGACGCUGAUUGACAAGAUGAACUUUUUGGCUUGGAGGAAGGAGGCCUUUGAUACGUGGAGGGAGUGGGCGGAGGUGUUCGUGAAGGGGAGCGAGGAGGAAAGGUUCUUGGCCAGGACUCGAGAGGAGUGCUGGCUCGUUAACGUGAUUGACAAUGAGUACAAGGACGCGAGAGCAUCUGGGACCUGUUCAAGUGAAGAAAUCAAGUGA